AUGGCUGCAAAUGAAGAAGAGACAAUAUGUCGUAUAUCUCAUCCAACAAAACCUCACACCCUCUCCCGUAGACCCGGAAAAGUCCCUCCAUCGGGUUGCUUCGCAUGCGACAAAGAAGAAUUCUCACCGGUUUCUUACCAUUACUACUGCACAACUUGUGAUGUGGAGUUUCAUGGUAUUUGUCACUAUUAUCCGAGGAAGAUCACACACCCUUAUCACCUCCAACAUCCUUUCACCCUCACAACUCAAUACACUGAAAGAUAG